ACAUGCCUCUCCUCGUCUGCCAAAUCCCUCAUCAUCAUCUCUCUCUUCUGAAGAGCUGCUUCAGAAGCUCCAAUAGGAGAAUAUGGCGCUGAAAUCCUUCGUAGAUGUGGGGCCAGAUUCCCAUUUCCCUCUUGAAAACCUCCCGUACGGCGUGUUCAAGCCCUUGGAAGGCGGAGAACCCCGCCCCGGCGUUGCGAUCGGCGACUUCGUCUUGGACCUCUCCGUGAUUGCUGCUGCCGGUCUCUUCGAUGGCCCGCUCCUCAAGAACUCCGAUUGCUUCCUCCAGCCUUCUCUUAACAAGUUCUUGGGAAUGGGGCGACCUGCAUGGACGGAGGCUCGCAUGACGAUGCAAAAGCUUUUGUCAGCUGGAGAGCCAACUUUACGUGAUAAUGCAAAUUUGAGGGAGAAAUCACUCUUGCCAAUGGACAAGGUUCAAAUGCUUCUGCCUAUUACAAUAGGGGAUUACACAGACUUCUUUUGCUCCAUGCAUCAUGCAAAGAAUUGUGGGACCAUAUUCCGCGGACCGGAGAACCCAAUUUCGCCAAACUGGUUCCACCUUCCUAUUGCGUAUCAUGGACGAGCAUCCUCAAUAGUUAUCUCUGGAACAGAUAUUAUUCGACCUAGGGGUCAAGGUCAUCCCAGCGGCAAAUCUCCACCAUAUUUCGGACCUUCAUUGAAGCUGGAUUUUGAGCUUGAAAUGGCUUCUAUCAUUGGUCCAGGAAAUGACUUAGGCAAGUCUGUGGAUGUUAACAAGGCAGCAGAUCAUAUUUUUGGACUUGUUCUGAUGAAUGACUGGAGUGCAAGGGAUAUCCAGGCUUGGGAAUAUGUGCCUCUUGGGCCUUUCCUUGGGAAGAGUUUUGGUACAACGAUAUCCCCUUGGAUUGUGACUCUAGAUGCUCUGGAACCUUUUGCUUGUGAGGCUCCCAAACAGGAGCCUCCUCCAUUGCCAUAUCUUGCUGAAAAGAAAUCCAAGAACUACGACAUUCCCUUAGAGGUUCGGAUCAAACCCGCUGGACAGAAGGAAUCAUUGGUUGUCACGAGGAGCAACUUCAAUAACCUAUAUUGGACAUUGACACAGCAAGUUGCACAUCACACAAUCAACGGCUGCAACUUAAGGCCUGGCGAUCUGCUUGGAACUGGGACCAUAAGCGGAUCUGAUCCAGAUUCUUUAGGAUGCUUGCUAGAGUUAUCAUGGAACGGGCAAAAGCCACUGUCCUUGAAUGGUUUGGCUCGUAAAUUUUUGGAAGAUGGAGAUGAAGUCAUUUUCACUGCAUGUUGCAAGGGGAAUGGCUACAAUGUUGGGUUCGGCACAUGCACAGGGAAGGUCCUUCCAGCCCUACAGUGAUCCUGUAUUUUACUUUUUGUUUUUCCUUUUUCCCUUCAUUUCUAUUUAGAAUAAGUUUCAUCCAAAGGGUAGCCAGAAUCAGACCCAGGACGUCAAUUGGAAGUAUUAUAGUUAGAUGCACAGCUUAAAGUGUGUUAGUUCAAUGCGUAUG